AUGAAUGUCAAUCCGGGUGGCAAACAGGCCUUGCUUCGAGAUGGCUGGUUUGUCGAUGCAGCCGGUAAUCGCCACCCACAGCAGAUGUCGUUCCCUUCCGAUCAUCCCACGAAUGCGAACCAAGCGAAAGGACUCAAACAGGUUCUUCAUGAGCGAGGCCUUUGGACAACGAACAUGCGUGGGAGGUGCAAGAAGUGCGAACACGACACCGUCAACUGUUGUGGCAAGCGCGUACUCGAACUUCAACCGGAUUUCAAGGCUCAGAAAUCCCUGGUGCAAGAAGUCAUCGAGGCCGCGGGACACCUUUGCAUUUUCCUUCCCAAAUAUCAUUGCGAGCUCAACUUCAUUGAAUACUUUUGGGGCGCGGUCAAGCGCCAUCUUCGAGAGAAUUCCGAUUACACUUUCGACACACUCAAGACGAACAUGCCGGCUGCACUUGCGUCUGUGCAGUUGACGACAAUCCGGCGAUGGGAGCACCGGAUGCAAAGGUGGAUGGAUGCUUACAGGGCAGGUAUGGAGACUCAGAAAGCAAACUUACAUGUCCGUAACUACAGUUCUCGCAAGUACACGUCCCACAGACGCAUUCCGGAGGGUGUGGCGCGCCACUAUGACAUCACGGAUUUCCGCCGAGGCUUGUAA